CUCAGCAGAAGUCAGAAAAAGAAACACAGAGAAGGAGAAAGCAGCUCAUGUCGAGCUCUUCACUGAUCUCAUCCGCUCCAUUGAGAGACGUCAGACUGAACUGCUGGAGAUGAUGGAGGAGCAGCAGAAAGCAGCAGAGAAACAGGAGGAAGAGCUUAUUGAAGAGCUGGAGCAGGAGAUCACUGAGCUAAAGAUGAGAAACACUGAGCUGGAGCAGCUCUCACACACUGAAGAUAACCUCCACCUCCUACAGGUUUACUCAUCUCUGUGCAGCCCUACAAACACCAGGAACCGGCCUGAGAUCAGUAUGAAGACUCAUGAGAGUCUGGAGACUCUGAGGAGAGCUCUGACUCAACUGAAGGACACUAUAGAUGAGAAACUCACACUAACUGUCUCUGCAGAGCUGAAGGUGAUGCAGCAGUAUGCAGUGGAUGUGACUCUGGAUCCUGAUGUAGCUCAUCGUAAACUCAUCCUGUCUGAUGAUGGAAAACAACCGUCUGGACUGAGUGGCCCUCAUCGUUCAGGUCAAGGUCAGCUGCAGAAGAUCAUGUCGAGUGUUUCCCUCACUGAAGACGUCCAGCUGAAUAAAGUGGAGAAGGUCUGGAAACCAUCAGUGAAGCGCAGCGGCCGUGCCGACGAGGACGAGCCCGAGUUCUUGAAGACGCAGGAGCUGUUCAAACACAUGGAGAGCGUGUUGAAUCAACUGACGCCGCAGAUGUUCCAGCCGCUGAUGAAGCAGGUGACGAAACUGACCAUCGACACAGAGGAGCGCCUGAAAGGAGUGGUCGAGCUCAUCUUGGAGAAGGCCAUCUCUGAGCCCAACUUCUCUGAAGCCUACGCCAACAUGUGCCGCUGCCUCAUGGGGCUGAAAGUUCCCACCACGGAGAAACCUGGAAUGACGAUAAAUUUCAGGAAGCUGCUGCUGAAUCGUUGUCAGAUAGAGUUUGAGAAGAACAAAGAUGAUGAUGAAACGUUUGAGAAGCAGAAGAAGCUGGAUGCCGCCACAGGGGAAGAGGAGAAGCAGAGGCUAAAGGAGGACCUUGAGGACGUCAAAGAAAAAGCCCGGCGACGGUCACUAGGCAACAUCAAGUUCACUGGUGAGCUGUUCAAGCUGAAGAUGCUGACGGAGUUCAUCAUGCACGACUGCAUCGUCAAACUGCUGAAGAACCACGACAACGAGAAGAAUCUGGAGUGUCUCUGCUGCCUGCUGUCUACCAUCUGGAAACAUCUAGACCUCGAAAAGACCAAGCCCCGAAUGGAUCAAUAUGUAAACCAGAUGGAGAAAAUUAUUAAGGAGCGGAAAACCUCUUCCAGAAUUCGCUUCAUGCUGCAGGACGUUCUUGAUUUACGACGGUUAAACCGUGAAAAUAGACUCUGAGUGUGUGAUCAUUUACUUCCUUAUUUCUCAUUCCUGACAUUAUUGUGAACAGUUCAUUAAUGCACAUUAUUCUAAAAUAAAAUGUUUG